AUGUGUCCAGUGCUACGCGUUGUCUUCUGUACCAUCCUGGUUCUUCUCGUUACCAACGGGUUUGUUACCGGCACGUUAAGUUCCCCGGUGGGGUGCGUGGGGUGUGAGCGAGCGGCAACUUCCUCGGGACCCGUGGCGGCCGCCUGGCGGGCCCAGGACUACCCCAGCCCGCUGAUGGAGUGGCAGCGGUGCGGUAGGAACCGUUCCUCGUACCUCUGCGACCCGGACGGUAUACUGCCACAAGAAGACGCCGCCAUUUUGGACAGCCUCCUCUUCAACCUGACGGUUCAGACGGGCUGCCCUUGCGGAAACAGGACGCACUGCAGCCGCUGGAGCGCGGACCACGUCACCUUCGCCAACGGCACGGACAACAGCUGCACGGCCAACGCAACCACGACUUCUUGCGACUCCUGUCGGGUCUGCAGCGACGACGGCGGGACGGUGCUGAACUGCAGUUCCUGCGUUUGUUCGGGUUCCUGUAACGCGGUGACGUCACGUUGCCAUAACAACAGCAAAGUGUGCCGGGAAGUGGCGGACAGAGGGGCGGGUUACGUCAUGACUGUGGUACUGAUGCGGAGGAUGACUCUCAUCACAUCCUCCUACAGUGAAACAGUAGACCUCGCCGCUAACCGGUACGCGGAUCACUUCCGGGACAGAUGGAGGCUCGGCAGGUGUGGAGAGGCCGUCGUGGUCGUCAUCUCCAUGGAGGAGCGACAGAUCUACACAUCGACCGAGAAAACGGCUGCCCGAAGACUCUCCGACCUUGACCUUGUCUACCUGUACCGCGAUUACGUCACGGAGGACUUCUGGACCGGAAACAUCACGCGGCGACUUCCGGUCCUGAUCCAACAGUUCAUGGUCAAGAUCAACACCCCGGAACCCCCGCGAAGACUGUUCGAGGUGUGGCUAGAGAGCUGGGGGAACUGGUUCCUGUUUGCGAUGGUCUGCCUGAGCAUUGCGUCCUGUAUCCUGUACAAACAUCGUCUGAAACUGUACAAGAACUUCCCCGCCUGCUGCCAAAAGAGGUGGCUCAAAGUGAAGAACAAAGGACGAAAGAAGAACCCGGUGACGGAAAGGUUUGAAGAGGAAGUGUUGACGUAUGAGGACACCAUCAGUGGCAUGAGGCUAGAAGAGUUACAGAUCAGAAAGAAUAGACGAGGAUUCGAUUGGUAGAUAAGCACUGGGGCAAUUUUGUUAACUGCGUACGCCAAGGUUUUGUUUUCAGGGGUUAGGGGGGAAUAGUGUAACAGACUGACGAGAAAGUCGAUUGGAUAUCAGAACUAGUUUCUCCUGGCAGUGAUUGGUGCAACCAUUGCUUCCUUC